AUGUCUUCUUUCACCUUACAAAUCUCCUUUCUGUCUCCCAUCUUACCUGCCCCAUCACCCUCUUCCCUGCCCCAUCACCCUCUUCCCUGCCCCAUCACCCUCUUCCCUGCACCAUCACCCUCUUCCCUGCCCCAUCACCCUCUUCCCUGCCCCAUCACCCUCUUCCCUGCACCGUCACCCUCUUCCCUGCACCAUCACCUUCUUCCCUGCCCCAUCACCCUCUUCCCUGCCCCAUCACCUUCUUCCCUGCCCCAUCACCUUCUUCCCUGCCCCAUCACCCUCUUCCCUGCCCCAUCACCCUCUUCCCUGCACCAUCACCCUCUUCCCUGCACCGUCACCCUCUUCCCUGCCCCGUCACCCUCUUCCCUGCCCCGUCACCCUCUUCCCUGCCCCGUCACCCUCUUCCCUGCCCCGUCACCCCUCUUCCCUGCCCCGUCACCCUCUUCCCUGCACCGUCACCCUCUUCCCUGCCCCAUCACCCUCUUCCCUGCCCAAUCACCCUCUUCCCUGCCCCAAUCACCCUCUUCCCUGCCCCAUCACCCCUUUCCUGCCCCCACCCCUCCCUGCCCCGUCACCCUCUUCCCUGCACCGUCACCCUCUUCCCUGCACCGUCACCCUCUGCCCUGCACCGUCACCCUCUUCCCUGCCCCGUCACCCUCUUCCCUGCACCGUCACCCUCUUCCCUGCCCCGUCACCCUCUUCCCUGCCCCGUCACCCUCUUCUCUGCCCCGUCACCCUCUUCCCUGCCCCGUCACCCUCUUCCCUGCACCAUCACCCUCUUCCCUGCCCCAUCACCCUCUUCCCUGCCCCAUUGCCCCGUCACCCUCUUCCCUGCCCCGUCACCCUCUUCCCUGCACCGUCACCCUCUUCCCUGCCCCGUCACCCUCUUCCCUGCCCCGUCACCCUCUUCCCUGCACCGUCACCCUCUUCCCUGCACCGUCACCCUCUUCCCUGCCCCGUCACCCUCUUCCCUGCCCCGUCACCCUCUUCCCUGCCCCGUCACCCUCUUCCCUGCCCCGUCUUCCCUGCCCUCUUCCCUGCACCGUCACCCUCUUCCCUGCACCGUCACCCUCUUCCCUGCACCGUCACCCUCUUCCCUGCCCCGUCACCCUCUUCCCUGCCCCGUCACCCUCUUCCCUGCCCCGUCACCCUCUUCCCUGCCCCGUCACCCUCUUCCCUGCACCGUCACCCUCUUCCCUGCCCAAUCACCCUCUUCCCUGCCCAAUCACCCUUUUCCCUGCCCCAUCACCCUCUUUCCUGCCCCCACCCCUCCCUGCCCCGUCACCCUCUUCCCUGCACCGUCACCCUCUUCCCUGCACCGUCACCCUCUUCCCUGCCCCGUCACCCUCUUCCCUGCACCGUCACCCUCUUCCCUGCACCGUCACCCUCUUCCCUGCACCGUCACCCUCUUCCCUGCCCCGUCACCCUCUUCCCUGCACCGUCACCCUCUUCCCUGCCCCGUCACCCUCUUCCCUGCCCCGUCACCCUCUUCCCUGCACCGUCACCCUCUUCCCUGCACCGUCACCCUCUUCCCUGCCCCGUCACCCUCUUCCCUGCACCGUCACCCUCUUCCCUGCACCAUCACCCUCUUCCCUGCCCCAUCACCCUCUUCCCUGCACCAUCACCCUCUUCCCUGCCCCCACCUCUCCCUUCCCCCUCACCCUCCUCCCUGCCCCCACCUCUCCCUGCACCAUCAGCCUCUUCCCUGCCCCCACCUCUCCCUUCCCCCCACCCUCCUCCCUGCCCCCACUUCUCCCUGCCCCAUCACUCUUCCCUGCCCCCACCUCUUCCUUCCCCAUCACCCUCUCCAUCAGUCGAUGUGAGAGCCAUCACUCGCUCAACUACCCAUGUUCCUCAGGUAAGCCGGUCCAGCCCGCCGUCUCCAGUGUGGCUGCGGUGGUGCUGAAGCCUGGCUGGGACCUAGAGGAGGAUAAGGAGGACGGGUUGGAGUUACAGCAGUGUGAACGCUUAUGUAAAUCAGAGAUGAAAAUAAUGAUCUCCUAUUGA